AUGUGGCGACUUACAUUCUACGCUGUCAUCGAUAAAGACACCAAGGUUUCUCUCGGUAAUUUACAUGGGUACCAACCCCCAACCUCGAACGAUGCGUUAGAAUUGCUAAUGAGCAAUCUCGCCAUCUACAAGGACUACCUGGACCUCAUCAUGACCAUUCAGAUGAUAUACCACGCAAGAUCUCUCACUCCUGAAGAGAAGUAUCUAAAUGUCUUUGUUGGUGAACCAAGCUUGCUGAAAGAUCUAAAGCUGGAAAGCUCUACCAUAACCUCAGCAGGAAAAGGUAAUCAAUCACCAUAUGCGAAUAAAAUAUCUCAUUCUCCGUCCAUGGUCACCCAACAUAGAUAUCCAUCUGAAAGAUCUAUUCCUCCCGCGCUCACGGCUCUUCCAACCUUCUACCCGGUUCCUGAUCAUAUCAUGCGUGGACCCAACAACUUCAGAUAUGACCCAAUAAUGCAAUCGAAUUUCCAUGUAUCGAGACAUGAAGAUGAAGGUGCUUCCAUCAACAGGAUCAACGAUUCACGGGAAUAUCAAAGCAAGGAAGGGAGGAUGUCUUACUUAUUCCGACUACAGCUUCCUCCCUCAACCUAUGAAUCUGAGACAAUGCGACGAACCACCUUAUUUUACAAGAAAGAUACCCUUCCUGAUGCUCUUACACUCAAAAUAAUCGCUUUCAGGCACUUAUGCGAAGCUCCGGGCUGCAAAAGCAUAUGGAAGGCGAAUUCAGAGGACGAAGCUGAUUUUGUGGAACAUCAUGAAGUGAAAGUCGGAGAUCUACUCUACGAAGAUUGGUUGACUAGACAACUUAAGGGCAAAGCUCAAGAGAGUACUAAGAAGUUCAUGCAAGUGAACAUCCAUUUCGAGACAGUCACCAGCGCACCUCAAGCAGAUAGGGCUACCGUCAAUUCCCCUCUGUCCAGCUUGUCACCUUCUUCAGCCUCAAAACCUUCUUCAGUCUUAAAGGCGACCCUACAGGAGAAGGGUCAAGAAACAUACGACGAUCGAGAUCUUGCACAGGCUAAAAAGGAACUCAACGUACCUGUGAUGCACUCCGAAGAUGUCGCUAAACCAGCUGUUCCCUCUUGCUUAAAUUGGGACAAGAUCCAAAGCCUCGACGAUGUACAGCUACCUACUAUUACUACCGAGCCGAAAGAUCAAGAAGAAGUUGCUUUAGCUAUCAAUCAACUCUCGCCGGAAGAGGAGAGGUGGUCAUAUUAUGGUAACAAUCAGAAGGCAGGAAAAGAUAAACAGCUUCGCAAGGACGAACAAGCUUCGUUCACUUACCCGUCCUUCAUCUCUUCGUCUCAUGCGGAGCGCAAUUCGAACUCUUUCCUCCAACAAGUAUUCGCGCCCCCACCUCGCACACCGACUUCUAUGCCACCUGGGUACAUGUCCAUGAUUCCACGCAACAAUUAUCAAGUGCCCAGACCGGUGCGACAGAUUGCGCCUUGGGUGAGCCCUUCCGGUCCCGGUUCCGUCUCCUUUCCGACCUCUCCUCACCCGCUCUACUUCGAAUUCCACGUUAUUGACUUCCACCUAAGACCCAUUGGACCGAGUCCGUGGGUAUUUUCCGAACUGCCUACUACCGAUAUACUUCGAACGAUGUUGGGUCGUUAUAUCGGAGAAGAUUCUGCUCUGAAGAGUAGACUAUCGGUCCUGAACGACAAGAUCCAUACAGACUUGUUAUACGAGAAGUUCAUUACUGCCUUGUGGGAUGGUCACGGAGGAUGGGAAUGUUAUAAAAGAGGUCUGCUUUCGAACCGCAUUCAGAUCCAGGUCUGGUCAUCCGGUGAAUUUGUAAAAGCCGAAACUGUACCCCCGCUUCCCAAGGAACACUCGUCACCUGCUCGCGGAUCAAUAUUCGAGGAGGUAUCUGAUUCCUUCGACAACUCGUCUUCGAUUCUGGAAAAGAGAGGCGAGCCUAUAGUCAAGUCGUCAUCAACUGGGGUCAAGGGCGAUCUCUUGCCCGAAGAUUAUUCGAUCCAACGUGAAGACGUCAAGCCUGCUCACUCGAAUGAACACCACAGUAUAAAAGAGAAACGCAACGGUAGAUGUGGAUUCAAGCUUGAAGAAACUCUCGAAUCUCGACCUGAGACGCCAGUCGACCCACCCACUCAUUCCAGCUUGCUUGAUGGAAAGGAUCCACUGCCGGCUCAUGCGAAGGAUCUCCCAGCUCUUCCACCUGCUGCUGAUCUUGCUGACUCAAACCAAGCGGUAUCCAACUCUCCUUCCAACCUUCCUCUCGAAAGAGUCACUUCUCGAGAUUAUCUGGAAGACCUUAUCUCUGCGUCUGGCAAUACAACCGCCUCGACUCGAUUAUUGCGAAUCAUGCAAGCUGAAUCGGUCAGUCCAGCAUCUUCCCUCGGUCUCAAGCUCCUCGAUCUCGCCAAAGCACUGCGUACCGAUGGAGAGCUAGCUCCUUCCAGACCUGUCGAAGACACUACUACCAACAAGAAAGUGGAGAACAUCGAAAAUCGACUCAACGACUUUGCAGAUAUGCUCAAUCAUAUUGCUGAAAGUGUUGGAGUGGCUUUAGACACUUCUUCUACUUCUUCUUCAUCAUCCAUCAUUUCGAACGGGGAUGAAGACGAAGAUGGAUCAACUACCGCUACUGUAGGAGGAGUUCCUUCGGGAUUGUCGUUCUCGCAGCUUGCUAUUUCAGGUCAACAAGUCAACGAAUCGAUUGAUGCUAUUCAAUCUCCCUACAGGACCACUGUAUCACUCUUGGAAACACCUACCGUACCCUCUGCUAAAGCUAACCUUGAAAGAUUGGUUGAGGAAGCUGAGAAGCUGGAGAAAGAGGUGGUUGAUCACGAUCAUACGCCAUCGGUCGCAGAACCUAAAAAUAUGGGAGGGGCGAAACUCCCAAAAUCAACCUCACACAUCCGCGCUCAUCCUGUACGUACCAAUGAGCAAGACUAUCAACCGGCCAGAAACGAAUGCGUUCCGAUGUCGCAUAGUCAAGUACAAGGAUUGGUCAACCCUUUCGCGCCGCCUUCGCAAUUCGGUUAUUCCUACAGACCAUAUCCCAGCACUGUUUCUGAAAGCUACAGCCAUGUACCUGCUCCGACAGGCUUCCAUCAAGCACCAGGACAAGGAGGGAUGAUGCCUCGCUCGAGUGUAUAUCCCUCUUACCAUUCGCAGUAUGUGUACAAUAACUGGCACAAUGGACCGUCGGAUAAUGGCGUUUCUGGUAAUUCACCUGGAUCUGGAGUAGGAGUAGCUCCUCAACAUAGAAUAGGAGCGGGGGCAGGCCCAGGAGCAGGAUUUGGGUUCGCUCAAUAUAGUCAGGUCAACCCUUAUGCUGCGUUGGGGAAUUGCCAAUACCAAGGAACAGCUUGGCCUAGGGGAUGA